AUGCCGGCACGAAACGGUCGCCGCGCGGGCGUUCUGAAGCGUGGGCAUGAACGAAAUGAUAGUGCACCCCGUCCUGAUCAAAGAUAUCAUUGUCCCGUACAAUUUCUGGAAUUUGGGAAAGGAGAAGCCGUAAUAGAUGCUCGGGAUGAAACUCCCUGUGAUCAACCUGACAAUGCCGACAUAGUCCAACACAUUCCCGAUGCGAGCUACUGUGUGAGAAUGGUUGGAUAUUGUGUGGAAGAUAGAGCUCAGAGUAAGAUAGAAGGUAGCACCGGCCAAGAAACAGCUGAAUGUGAGGACAUCGCUGUGCGUGGCGCUCUCAUAUCGGAUUGCAAUGGCUCUGCAGAUGGCACGGCUGAUAUGGCUGGCGAGGAGGUGAUUUACGGUUUCGUUAUGCACAUAGCCCAACGACUGAAACGACACGGUGAAGGAGCCAGAUGCUGA